AUGCCAAGAACAUUGACUGCCUUGAGGUCUCCAGCACCAUUCUCCACUGCUAAGAGCAUGAUCUGGCUGUUCCAGUCUCUCACGCUUGUCUCCUGCCUUGGCCCAGGGAACACAGUUUCACAAACCAGCUCAACCCCAUUGAUUGUGAACGGGGUCCUGGGGGAGUCUGUAACACUUACCCUGAAGUUUCCUGUGGAAGAGAAGAUCACGUCCAUCACCUGGCUACAUGAGGGAAAAUCUGCCAUCUUCAUAGCGCCAAAUGAAGCACUAAACAGGGUGACUGACCCAAAGCGGAAAAAUCGAUUGAAUGUCACCGAGUCCUAUUCCUUGCAGCUCAGCAACCUGACGAUGGCAGACUCAGGACUUUACAGAGCCCAGAUAACCACACUGACCUCUUCACUGUUUACCGAUUAUGAUCUGAGGAUCUUCAGACGACUGAGGAACUUACAAGUUGUCCCUCACACCAAAUGGUCUAAUAAUAGGACCUGUGAGAUCCUCCUGACCUGCUCUGUGGAGAAUCCAAAUGAUAACAUCUUAUUCAGGUGGCAGGUCUCAGGAAACACACUUCAAAGUGAAGCAAACCUUACUAUCUCCUGGGACCCCAAGAGUUUCAAUGAAGAGACCUACACCUGCGUAGCUGAGAAUGCUGUCAGCAAUUCAUCCUUCUCUGUCUCUGUCCAGAGUCUCUGCAAAAGUGUUACUAAUGAAAAAAAUGAACACCUGGAUACCACGUGGAUUGUAGUGGCAGUUUCUUCAAUAUGUAUAGUCGUGGUCAUCAUCGUGUCAUUAUUUGUUUGGAGGAAAAAAAUAGGUUUCUUUCAAUUCUCUACUCAGCAAACCCAGUAUCCUGCAGAGACUGUGAGGAACGUAGAGUAUGCUUCCUUCUCUCCAGGGAGCACUGUGUAUGCUCAGGUCACCCAUUCAAAGAGGGAAAUGGAAAUCCCAAAACCUGUGAAAAACAAUGACUCCACCACAAUUUACUCUGAAGUUCAACAGUCCCAAGAGAAAGCCCACCUAUUCCAGGACAACUGCCCUUCACAGUGUCAUGUAAUUUGCUGAAAGUCUUCAAAGGAAUUCAGGAACAACACAUCUUCUAAUCCUAUGGGAGAGAACAGAGCUUGGUUUCUGUCUGACAACAGAAUUUGAAUAUCUAGGAUUAUCAGACUUGAAUCUGCUUACCUAGGUCAAACAUUUAAGGAAUAACAUCAUCUCCAGCAUAUGACCCAAAUAACAAUUUCUAAUCAGCUCCAAGUGAAAACAUACAUCAGAUACCAUGCUUGAAAAAAUCCUCAACAAAAUACUAGCAAUCCGAAUCCAACAAUACAUUAAAAGGAUCAUACACCAUGAUCACUAUCAAUUGAUCAAUUUCAAUAUCUGCAAAUCAAUUGAUGUGAUACACCACAUCAACAAAUUGAAGAAUAAAAACCGUAUGAUACGGGGGUGGAGUCAAGAUGGCAUACUAGGAGGAUGCGGAAUUCGCAUCUCCUCACAACUAAGGCACCUACUGGGCACUGGUAAGGGACCAUGAACACCUAAGUGGACAGGAGGAACCCCCAGCAACCAGGUAGGGUGUGGGGGGAGUGUAGGUGUAGAAGAAGUGGAGGUCAGAGGGGACUGGCGUCCCUGAGGGUUGGCUGGAGGAGGGGAAGGGAUCCUAUGCUCGAAGGGGGAAAUUGGGGAACCACUGGGAGGGCAAAGGAUGAACAAGGAGUGUGGCCAGGUUUCUCCUGCCCACUUGGGCCCCCAGGAGCCUGCUGAGAUCCUGGGUCUGAU